AUAUUUUCCACUCAAUUUCUUCACUGAGACCAAGACCAAGACCAAGUCCAAGUCCAUAGGCAAGCCAUACUCAUAUAUGCAUAGUCCAUAGUCCGUAUGUAUAAGUCCGUAAGUCUGUCUGUCUGUAAAUAUAUACAUACCCACCCACCCAGCCAUGCACACCCAGCAAACAUGCAUGCAUGCAUAGCCCCAUCAAUCAAUCAAUCCAUCAUCAAUCAUACCGUACCAACCAAACCAUGCCAGACCAUGCCCAUGCGAUGCGAUGCAAUGCACAAGCCAUGCGCAUAGCACUCAACAACAAAGAGAAACGAAACGAAAACGAAAAAAAGGCCCAACCCAACCCAAUCCUAAACGCACCCCAUCCAUCCACACACAACAACGAAACGAUGAAAGAAACGAAAAACGAAGCAACCGCCGCGCACCCGCCCACAACCACAGCUAGCCUAGCACAAGCCGCAAAAGCCAGUAGCCAUGCGUGCAAGAAGAAGCCAGUGAAGGAAGCACGACAAAGGCGCCCGCCGCCCGAGGGGUAUCCUAAACGGAGAGAAGGAGGAAGUAUCCGAGAGAGAGCCGAACCGAGAGAGUCAUCACCGUCACCAACAACACAAGAAACCACCACCAACACGUCACUCAAAACAGUAGUAGCAACAUCAGCGCAUCUACGCAGAGUUAACCGGCUGCACCGCCGUGACAGCAUGGCCCUUGGUAAUGUUGCCGUUGCGGAUAUAGUCGGCGACGCCCGAGUUCUGGCUGAUGACCUCGUCGUUAAGCUCCUCGAGCUGGCGAAUCUGCUCGUUCAGGCCGGCCAUCUGUCCCUGGCUGCAACGCUCGGCCUUCUCUCGUCAAUGCUGCGCACCUGGCCGCCGCGCUCCGUGCCCUCGGGCCCGUCGGCGCGCUCGUACGGCGGCGGCGCGUUGCCCCCGCUGUGCCGGAACGAGUACAGCUCCGCCUCGAGCUGCGCCACGCGCGCCUUCCAGUGCUCGCACUCCUUGAUCAGGUCGGCAAUGCGCGGGCUCUCCUUGGUGCUGGCCAGCUGCGCCUCCAUCUGCGCGUACUGGUUGCGGAGGUUCUUCAGCUCAAUCAGGUAGCCGUUCUGCUCCUCGUGAGACUCGUUGAGCAGGUCCACCAUCUUGGCAAUCGCGGCCUCCUUGUUCUUCUUAAACUCCUCCGUAAUCUCCGUCUCCUUGGAGGCGGCCUCGGCGCGGAGCUUCAUCCUCUCCUCCUCGAGAGCCUGCUCCAUGGCCUUGGCGUACAUGUGGUCGGCGUCGUCGUGCUCAAGCUUGACACGGUCGAGCUCGCCCUGCAGCGCCUGCAUGGCCGAUAGGUGGGCCUCCUUCAGCUCCGAGACCUUCUUGACGUUCUCGUCGCGCUCCUCCUCGUACCUGUUGCGGGU